CCUGUCUAAACGUGGUGUAGUGUGCAUACCUACUUUAACGCCUAUGCUAAUGCACAAAGUACAAUAAGUAUCACCAUUCGAGACACAGUGUGGGUAAAACCCACACUAAAUUUCCUUUGUACUAGCUGUCCGACCACAUCCUAUGUGUUUAGUUGAAGUUAAUCUCUGUGCUCAGUCUAAAACCUUGAUGCGAUACAGAGCUUCCAAUGUGAGUUUUGAUGAGCAGUAACUCAGUUCAGUAUUUGUGCAGAGAAAUGGAUGCUUCACUGGUACAGAAAGACUUUAUUUUCAGUUUUUUAUUGAUCCUUUGCAACUUGUCCCCGUCCACAGGGCACGCUGAAAAUCACCUUCAUUUCUACCUGGGAUGUGAAGCUGUGAUACCAUGUCAGCACAACAGGAAUUCAGACUCUUUCAAAUGGAUUUACAAGAAGGAUGAACACAGUGACAAAGUCCAGAUAUUCUUUCAAAGUAAAAAUGGAUUACACCUUUUUAACAGCUUUUAUAAAAGAGGGAAAGUUAUGUCAAAUCGUUCCUUGCUCAUCAGUCAUUUUACUGAGGAUGAUCAAGGCUUGUACUGGUGUGAGUCCUGUUCUCAAGACGUGUGCGGCAGUGAACAGUCGGCAGUCAUCAGAGUGAAGAAAGGAAUUCUGACUGAAAUUUCUAUGACAGUUUACGUUACUGCAGGCAGCCAUUUUGAACAUACGUGUCCAGGUGAACAUGUCAAAUGGACUUUUGAAGCAAGUAAUCACACUACUCUCGGGAUAUCGGGACAAAGACGAGAAACAGACUAUCUGACUUUCAACAAGACCAUACAUAUUGGAAAUGUCACAGAAGCAGAUGCUGGGAAGUAUAUCUGCUGGGCGAGACUCUGUGAUAAAUACAGCGAGAAGCUACUUACGAUCAACUUGUGUGUAAUCACAGUACGCCACAGUGCAGAAUCGCCUGUUUCUUGUGCUGUGCUGUGUGGUGUGGAAUCCAAUAAUCCAAACGGCACUGAAGACCUGGUGAUUGGCCCAACAACUAUUUCACUGCUUGUUGAUCUGCAUGGGUCCUUAAGUUGCACUGCAAAGAUUAUGUUUGAUAGAACCACUACAGUUACCAGCAGUCAUGUGUUUCAAAAAACAACAGAUAUACCUACAGAGCCUGGAUACCUGAUGCCAGUUGUUCACGGAGUAUUGGCAGCCCUUGCAUUUCUCAUUUUGAUGGCACUUUUGAUUUCGGUUUGUCACUUCAGAUCACGACUGAGGGCAGCAUUUCCUGUUCACAUUCUUUGCGGUCGCUUGAAUAGCGGGGUAAGUGUUUUAGAUGAUGAUAUUCACGGUGAUUUAAAACUAGCUACCACGCAGAUAUAUAGAAGUAAAUGUGUGUCUUACUUCUCACUGCAGGGUGAAGAGGACGUGUCAGUGGUUUAUUCAUCGGUUGUUAUCAGGACACCUGCUAAAAAAGCAGAUGUUAAUGUGUCUCCCAAUGAAUGCAUUUAUAGUGAAAUAAAUCCAUUUCCAUUCCAAGAUGGUCAGUAAAUGGCCCAGUUUAAUAACAACAGUAACUGUCUUCAUAUGUGCAACAGUACGCACACAGUUAAAAAGGUCAAAGAAUGAUGACACUGCUGUUAAACAAAUUGCUGACUGUGAGAAAGUCAGAGACUCUGUGAAAGGGUUUUCUGUUUAAAGACAGGGCUGCUUUUACUUUAUUGAAACAUUGAUUUAAUAUGAUCAUGUGUUUUACUUACAGAAGGCUUUUUACGCCAUAUUGUAACUAUUAUGUGAGCAGUGUUAACUGAAGUGUGCUGUACUUUUCCUACAAGCCACUACAUGGUUAUUGUGAACAAAGGUCACAGUUUUCAUUGAAGUCUGGCUGCAGCUUUGCAUGUGUGUUCUAGUUUAUGUCCCAUCACACUAAUCUCACCCAGAUUCUAUGUGCUGUGUUGCAAGUUUCCCCGUUGUUUAAUCUGAAUUUCCAUGCAAGGAAAAGUCAUUUACCCUGUCCUAACAGACUGAAUCUCAUUUGUCUAAUUGCUUUUUCUUGUUAAAAUUGAAUUAUAAAUAUUUUGUUGUCUGUUUUGCAGUUUUCUGUGUUAAAGUCAUGCACAUUUUUGUUCUUUUCCUUCAUAGUGUCCUGGUGACCUAUUAGAUUGUUUUUUCUUUGUCUAGAGAGAGACUUUGUAACAAAAAAUACACAGUCAAAAUGAGGGACAGACCAAGAGGAAAAAUGUCUCAAAAGUGUCCCUAAAUGUCCCUAUUGAGACAUCAUAUCAUCAACCCAUACAUGCUUGUAAUUGUUUUCCUCUUGACAACCAUUUGCAAAUUUUCUAUAAAUAAAAGGAUUUUGUAGUUUUC